GACCGAGUGGUUGCCUGUCGCUCCUGGGACAAAGACGUUGCAUUCCGUGCUCAUCUAAUGGCAUGCGAGUAUCAGUCAUUGGACACAUUGACCGUUGCAGAAUAGAGUGAAGACCUGGGUCAAUAAUUCCAAGGUGUUGACAGUAUUUUCUGUGCCGCAUGAAAGAUGCGAUCCCAAUCAAUCCAUAUCUAUGGGUGUGCAGACAGGAGAGAUAACCAACAGUUUUGUUUCCACAUAUCUUGACCCGUUCUCCCCGGAGCCAUUCAUCCUAAACUUCCUCCUUAACUCACAUCACACUAGACUAUACUAUGGCAGCCACUAUUCCAGUAGCUGUUGAUGUCUUCCUGAUUAUUCUAGCGUCAACAGCGGUAAUCUUGCGCAUCAUCUCGAGAAAACUAUCUGGAGCCGGAUUUUGGUAUGACGACUGGUUUGCUUUCGCAGCCUUGCCCUUCGGUAUUACGAUUGAUGCUUCAUUCUGGGCGGCUGCAUAUCAUGGCUUCGGAAAGCACGGAGGAGACCCCACCUUUUUCCUUCACGUGCUCUACUUCGAUGAGAUGUGGUAUUGUACGGGGAUCUUUUUAACCAAAAUUUCUGUGCUCUGCUUCUAUUACCGUAUCUUUGCUAUCACUCGGAGUUUGAGAUUAGCACUCUGGAUAAUAGGUGGUUGGGUUAUUGGGUGGUGGCUUGCCCUCACCAGUGCUAGCAUUGCCCAGUGUAGUCCUAUUCCCCGGUACUGGAAUCGAAAGAUUGAAGGUACAUGCGUCUAUCAAUAUGGGUUCUUUCUUGGCCAGGCAAUACCAAACAUUGUCCUUGACUUUGCCUUACUGAUACUACCUAUUGUACCCCUUUGGAAGCUUCAGAUGCAAAAGCAUCAGAAAUGGGCACUGCUACUCGUGUUUGUACUUGGUUACACAAAUCCAUUGAUAUCUAUCCUUCGUAUCGUUUCGUUCAUAAAACUGGGCUCUGAUACAGAGACAGAUAUAAACUAUGAUUUUAUCCCGCCAGCUCUCUGGUCCGCUGCUGAAGUUUCUGUCGCCAUAUUCAGUUGUUCUAUCCCAAGUCUCACGUACCUCUUCCGUAGAGCUGUCGGCAGAGCCUUUCCAUCUCACAACAGCAGUCUUAACGAUAGCCAAAAGAUCAGACAGCGAGUCGAUGGUAUAAAACCUGCCACGUUUGGAUCCUUACCAAGCAGAAGGCCACUGAAGCUGCAAACAGAAGGGACUUUUGAGAGGCUAGUGGACGAGUCUAAUAUUUCUGAGGUAGAACUGUCUAUACUUCAGUCCACAGUUAGACCUACAGUAUCAGGAGGAAAGAACCUCGACAGUGAUCUACACUCCAUCGGUCAUCAUCGAACGCUAAUACAAGUGAGGAAUGACGUCAAUAUCAGUUAUAACUGAAUCGGUAAAGAAAAAAUGCAGAAAUUCGGCCUAAGAAAACCACGACCUUGCGAAUCAUUGAGAUGAAGGCGGCAUAUUCAAAGUUUUGAAAGCAGCAACGGCUUGUGCAGCACUAACAGCCACCGAUACUAUCGCCAACUAUAAAUUUGACGCUCCAAAUAUAAUAACACCCCAAAAAGUAUAAUAAUUCAACGCAUCUCUCUUGUCUCUCCAAAGUUGUCGAAAUCCUUGACGUUUUUGGGAAUCCAUAAAAUAUUUUAACUGGCGAACUUUGUUUUCA